AUGCAUUGGACGGAAAAUGGCAAGCGAAAGCUUCCUUUUUUUAAGUCCACUACCCCAAUUGACCGCCAGCGAAAGACCACCGUUCGUUGGCACCGCCUGUUACGGUCGCUGUUGUACUUGAUCGCUUGGAUCUUUAUGCUACUGGUAGUCAUUGGCAACAUCUCUAACAGGCCCGUCCUACGCAAUACCUACUUCCUCUACCUCGAUCUUUCCAAUAUUAUUCCCGUCUCUAUUCCCAAUGCCGUCCUUAUCAACUCUAUCGCCCAGACUAUCGGGCUGCAUGACUUCUACCAGGUCGGCCUAUGGAACUUCUGCGAAGGAUACGAUGACCAGGGCAUCACCCAUUGCUCCAAGCCGGAGACUCUCUAUGCCUUUAACCCGGUUGAGAUUAUCCUGAACGAGCUGCUGGCCGGUGCGACGGUCGCUCUCCCAUCCGACAUCGAAAGCCCAUUAAAACUAGCCCGCACUGCCUCCCACUGGAUGUUCGGAAUCCUCCUAUCCGCAGCAGUCCUCAACUUCGUCAUGAUCUUCCUCGCCCCGCUUGCCGUGUCCUCCCGACACCCACGGAGCAUCAAAGCCUGGGCCGCAGAAUACAACAACGGCCACCCGCCCGCGGGCAAGCCACCCCACCGCCGAUGCACCUUCAUCUGGUUCCGUGCGCUGCCCAUGCUGAUUCUGACAUUUUUCACCGCGCUCGUGACAAUCGUCGGGUCAGCCGUCGCGACCGUUAUGUUCGAGAUCUUCGCCAAUGUCUUCGCAACCGCCGAUCCGAGCAUCAACAUCCGGGCGCAUGUCGGUACCCAGAUGAUGGUCUUUAUGUGGAUCGCUUCGGGUUUCAGUUUGUUCGCUUUCAUCCUUCAGCUUGGCUCUUGCUGCGCGGCUUGCUGCCGUGGCGGCAAGGCGCGCAAGCAACUCAAGUCGGAGGGUGUCAACUGGCGCGAGAAGGGUUCUCUUUCCCCCGUUGCGGCUGAAUCUCGCGGUGUCUCGUCCUGCCGAGAUGCUGCUGGUCUCCCCGAGGAUGGUUCCGGGUCUAGUGGUCAUGCGUUUUCGAAUGAACAUGAGCGGAAGCUGAUCAAUGGGCAUGCUCCGACCCAGCAUCAUUCUUCGACUGAACCUCAUGCAAUCUCUACCUGA